AUGUCCACAAAAGUCAAGCUUGUAGAAUUGGAAAUUUAUGAACUAACCCCUGUAGCUCCUAAUGUGCAACAAAACCCAGGCGGGAACGGCCAUAAUUCCAACGGUGAUGGCAAUUCCAUGGAUAACCUUCUCGGCGAAAGAGAUCCUCACCUGUGGGGGGCCCGAAAGCACAGACAUGUUCCUAGCGGAGUUGACUGCGGUAGGCUGGAUGCGCUGAGCAAGUCUGGCAGCUGUGUUGGCGAACAUUUCUGCAAAAUUUAUGCGUUGAAGGAAUAG